GAACGUCAUUUGAUAAAGUUCACGACAAGAACAGAAUUAAGACUGCGUAAUUUUUUCAUCCUUUGUUUUGAACUGACCUUACUCUUGACAUCGCUUUUAUAUGCGAGUUCCCAUUAAAACUUGUCCACUCAUCGGUCAAAAGCAUUGUGCGUUAUAAUUUUAUUUGAAGUUACGAGAGUUUGAAAUUUUCAGCAUGCGGGGCCUCAUUUUCUUGGCUCUUAUCCCCUUAGCGCUCACUUUUCGUAUUUCCAAUGGUCCACCACCAUUUUGGCAGAAAGCUCUUAUGGCGAGAUACAUAAUUCACACAACAGGUUAUGUUUCAAUAGCUACAAUAUCAGUACAGGACGAUAUCAAAGGCUACCCCUUUGCCACUAUAAAAUCCAUAAGUGACGGUCCUGCAGACAAUAGCACAGGCAAUGUGUACUUUUAUAUGUCAGAUAUGGAGCUUUCACAACAAGACAUUGAGAAAGACAGCCGCUGCACGAUUUUGGCAAGUUUAGCGGAUGUGGGAUAUUGCGAGGAGAAAAAAUACGAUCCACAGGAUCCGCGAUGUGCCAAGGCUAUUUUGACGGGUCGUCUAGUCAGGGUCAGCAAUGAAACAAGUGAAUACGACUUCGCAAAAAGCGCGCUACUGGAGAAACAUCCUGCAAUGAAAAGUUGGCCCACUGAUCAUGGAUUUUUUGUGUCGAAAUUGGAUAUAGAACAGAUUGAAGUACUGGAUUUCUUCGGAGGAAUUUCUAAAGUGUCGAAAGAAGACUACUUCAAUGCGACUCCUGGUUUCAGCACUGCAGAAAACAUAGUUUUCAACAGGAUCGACAUUAUCGAUGUUCAAAUAGUUUGAAUUCGUAUGUAAACGUAUGUUAGGUGAAAUGAUGAGCGAACAAAAUAGAAUUUGUUGUUGUUAGCAA